GCGUCCUGUUGGUUGUCAGGAUCGGUAUCGAUAACAAUCAAAAUCUUAAAUUUUUUCAUGACCUAUGCUACAUCAUACAUUAUGUAUUAAUAAAAAACAUUCUCUAUAGUCAGAAUUAAAUAGUUGAAUAAGUAUUACUGAGAAAAAUUGAGAUAAAGACCAGAAAAUACAAGGAAAAGGGGGUAUCUGAAAUGGCCCGAAAUUUGUUUUGAAAUAAGUGUUGUGAGGUGCGUCAGUGUGUGCGGAAGUAUGGACUUUUAGUUUUUCAAUAUCUAGGACUCUACUGCCUUCAGGCAAACCAGCACUAUAUACUAUGUGCUGGGUUGUAAAUAUUAAUUCUUAAAAUGGAAAAGAGUCGACAUGGAAAACAUACUAAGGAUAAAUCUAAGAAAUCUAAAAAACGUAGAAAUAGAGAUGAAAACGGCUCACCAAGUAAUUCCAUAGGUCCAUCCAAACCAUUAGUUGAAUAUUCUGAUGUAAGUUCGGAAGAUUUGUCAGGCCCCGAAGCUGGAGAGAUACAAAGCGGUGAAGAAGGAAGUGUGCCGAGUUUAAGUGACGAUGGUGAAUUAGAUAUAAUGCAUAGAAAUAGUCACCGCAGUAGGUACUCCCGCCUAGAGGAGGAAAUUUACUUAUCAAGACAAAUGUUGCAUUCUCCAGGGAGAAGGCAUACCCAUAGACUAGAUCCAUCUAUGAUACCAAGAUCUCCAACACCUGAUGCAAUUUUGAUCAGAGAAAGACAGUUGUCAGUGUCGUCACGAUCUUCUCGGUCUAGCGAUGUGCGACACAGAAGAAAAGUAGAUGACUCCCCUGCAGAGUACCGUGCCCCGAUCGCAUCACCAACGUACGCAGAGGAUUUCGACUCUAUCGACAGAAAGAAACGAAAAAAGAAAGAGAAAAAGCACAGGCGAGAUAAAAAGAACAAAAAGAAAAAGAAGAAAGCAAAACACCGUUCUAGAAGUACAAGUUUGGAGAGUAUCGACAGUGAAUCCGAUGAAUCACAGAGUAGUUCUAGGAAAACUCCACCAAGGCCGGAAAUAGAACCUUUAUCGGACUGGGAACCGCCCGAGUCCGUCGCUUCUAAGGUUCCCAUCGACCCUAAAAUAGACACGAGUGCUUGUUCACCUGUGUCGAAUGACAGUCACAUAGCUUCUCCCGAACCGGCGUACGAAAAGUCGCCGACGCCUUCAGAAACCCCUCCCUUAAAAGUGUACAAGGAGUACAUAAGGGGAUACCACCCCAGAGAAUCCCCGCACACUCCCCCCUUGCAUUCGAGUAAAUACAACCAUUACAUUUCCGACGAACCGAUACGGAUCAAAGACUCCCCCAUUCUCAUCGACGACCACCAAAGCCUCUCGCCUGUACACUCCCCGUACAGGAAUCCCAGCCCCGAGUCGCUGAUGCCUAGUCACAAGCACGGCCGGUCGAUCUCGCCGAGUAGGAGAAGGCGACAAGAUAGGGAGGCGCAUCGGAAGCACAGGAGGGAGAAGGCCAGGGUGAGGGAUAAGAGGAAUUACUCGAGGAGCAGAAGCCCCGUUAGUAGGAGGCGGUCGCGGUCGUCGAGUUACGGCAGGAAUAGGCAUUACAGCCCGUCGCCGUCUAGGAGCAGAGCGAAAAGGCACAAAUCUCGGAGCCCAAGGAGGGAAAGAGAAAAGAGCCCCAGACACAGGCAUAGAAGCCCAUCCCCACACUCGAUCAGGUCAUCACAACUGAAAAACAAAAUAACGGACACGAGUUUAUUCGCCGAGUUAGUGAAAGACAGGCAUAAGCGCGAGCUGGAACUGAAGAAACUGGAACAGAACCUGUUGGAAAGCAAAUCUAAUCACACCAGGGCGGACAACGAGACGGAAACAAGUCAGAAGUCGGUAGAAAAGGAUGACGAAGUUGACAGUAAGCCUGUGCCGGAAAGUAAAGAAGAAAAUGUCAUUGCCAGUCCCGUGGUGAUGGACAUCGACGACAUACCUAUUCCGGAGACGGAGCCGGCCAAACUGAAUGACAUUGAACUACCGGACGGUAACAAUAGCGCGGUCAGUAACACGGAAAAGAUAACAUCACCUCCCACUCCUCCGUUACCAAAUAGUGCGCCGCCCCCCAAACCGGCCACCGUAACCGCCGAGAGUAGUCCGCCGGCGAAGAAGGUUCUUCCUGAAGCCAAUAAAUCUAAGCCAAAGAACGUCACGAAGCUGCCCAUGCCUCCCGGUAUAGACCAGACCGAACUUGAGGCGAUCGAGUCGCCACCGAGUCGGUCUCCGAGCCCUCUGCCUGUCGUACUUCCUCCUAAGGCCAAGACCCCGCCUAGGAAAAGUAUUAAAGACUUGCCGAUGCCUCCAGUCAUUCCCGGGACCGAGGAGCUCAGUGGCGACGACGAGAUACCCACCACUCCGCCUAGAAACAACGUAAAGGUGGUUGAAAAAAGCAAAGCACCGGCCAAACCGAAACUGAAAAGGCCUACGAUCCUCAAGAGGAAGGGUUCUAGGAACUUCCAGACGAGCGGGAAGGACUGGGGUGAAAGAUGCGUGGACAUGUUUGAGGUCAUAGCACAAAUCGGAGAGGGGACUUACGGGCAAGUUUACAAAGCCAAAGACGUACAUGCCAACGAGCUGGUGGCACUGAAAAAAGUAAGGUUGGAGAACGAGAAAGAGGGCUUUCCGAUUACCGCCGUCAGGGAGAUUAAAAUUCUGCGACAGCUCAAUCACAAGAACAUCGUCAAUCUCCGAGAGAUCGUCACGGAUAAGCAGGACGCUGUCGAUUUCAGGAAGGAAAAGGGCUCUUUCUAUCUGGUAUUUGAAUACAUGGACCACGACUUGAUGGGACUGCUCGAGUCCGGUAUGGUCGACUUCAAUGAGUUGAACAACGCAUGCAUCAUGAAACAGCUACUGGACGGCCUGAAUUAUUGCCAUAAAAAGAAUUUCCUUCACAGGGACAUUAAGUGCAGUAACAUAUUGAUGAAUAACCGGGGCGAGGUGAAACUGGCCGAUUUCGGACUAGCCCGACUCUACAAUGCCGAAGACAGACAGCGGCCGUACACGAACAAAGUGAUCACGCUGUGGUACAGACCCCCGGAGCUACUCCUCGGCGAGGAGAGGUACGGUCCCGCAAUCGACAUUUGGAGUUGCGGCUGUAUACUCGGGGAACUGUUCUUAAAGAAGCCCCUUUUCCAAGCUAACGCGGAACUCAUGCAGUUGGAGAGGAUAUCGAGGGUGUGCGGUACGCCUACGCCGGCGGUAUGGCCGUCGGUAAUCAAACUCCCCCUGUUCCACACCCUCAAACCGAACAAACUUCACAGGAGGCGUUUGCGAGAAGAUUUCGUUUUCAUGCCUGCUUCAGCAUUAGAUUUACUAGAUAAAAUGUUGGAACUGGAUCCGGACAAGAGAAUUACAGCUGAGGACGCCUUAAAGUCUCCUUGGCUGAAAAAUAUUAAUCCGGAGCUAAUAUCGGCCCCCGAGCUGCCGACGUGGCAGGACUGCCACGAGCUGUGGAGCAAGAAACGGAAGCGGCAGAUCAGGGAGCACGCCGAGGCGAUGCAGAACCUCCCGCCGGGCAAGCCGUCCGUUCUAGGACGGGACAAGCCGUCGGGAAAACCGGACGACUCAAUGGAUGGCGGAGGUUCUUCGAAAGUGUUGAAGAUGGAGGCGUACGAUGCAGCAGUCCUUUCUUAUGCCUUAGCAACUGCUGCUUUUAAGGGAAAACCUGGCCCCGGUCUACUAGGGAUUGCCCCUGGCAUCCCGUCCUUGCCUCAGAGGCUUUUAGACGAUUCACUUACACCACCGAGAGACUCGACAGAGAGUGACGUAGACAGUCGCAACUAUCUUUAUCAGUUGCUCUACAAUCUGGAGCAGAUGAUAAUUAACAGAACUUCAGUGCAACUGUCACAUUUAAUGGAGAUUUGCUCCACCAAACAGUCACAGGUAGAUUGGGAUCAACAGAUUAGUGCCCCCUUAGACACGUUGCUGACGGAAUUAAGACAAAUUUGCAAAUCCAAUCCUGGGUCAAUUCAUCAGUUACAACUUAAUUUUGAAGAAGAAAAUAACCAAGGUGUGUCCUUAAACACAGAAAUUGUGUGCAAGACUCUGUCGGACCUUCUUAGGCAAUUUGGUUUGACGAUGGGAGCAAACAUAAUGAAGAAAUCAUUUUCAAGUUAAUAAUUCUCACAUUAUAGUUGAGCCUUAUUUUGUAUAGAUUUUAUAUAUUAUAUAAUGCAUAUUUUGUAAAGUGGUCAUUUUACUUUUAACUCCACAAAUUUUUGUUCGUUAUUGUUUUAGACCCAUAUUUCUAUAUGGUAAACAGAUAUGUAAUUAAGAAUAACUAAAUAUAUAAUAUGAUGAUUUAA